AUGGAGGUCCUCCAAACAUCCCCAGAAGCAUCCAGCUUCGUCACCAUCGCCGAGCACCAGUCGCGAACUCCGAGCUCGUUCCACAGCGGACCGCCCGUUCUCUACUACCACCGCGAGCGAUGCAAAGUCGUAAUCCUGGAGCGUGAUCUGCUCGCUACACCGGCUCUGAAUGCGCUGCGCGGAGAGAGCGCCUCUACCAAUGGGGCCAGUGCUUCGAACGCGGCGCAGGAAGAGGGUGACGACGAGGGUCCUGAGAUUGCCAUUGAGGGCGUGGAUACUUGGGUCACAUCUGAGAAAUUCCUCCUGUACUCCCCUUCCGCCUCAACGGGCAUUUCAAUCCCCUACCCAUCAAUCUCACUCCAUGCAAUCCAACGGCUCCGUGUCCCCGGUGCGACCGACACCGAAGUCCAAGGCCUAUACAUGCAAAUCGCAACGCCUACCGCGCCCACCUCCGAAGACGACGAAGAACAAUGCAUCACAAUGACACUCGUCCCACCAGAACUCACCGCCGAACAGCGCACAGAGCAAGAAUCAAGCGGCGAGCCGACAGAAACCCCCAUGCAGACGCUGUACAACGCUGUCUCCGCAUGCUCAAACCUGCACCCUGACCCUGUGGAACCGGGCGAUGAGGAUGACGAGGAUGAGGAGUCGAAGCCUUCGUUCUUCCAGUUUGGGCAGGAGGGGAUGGGCUCGUUGGAUGGGGAUUUGCCGCCGCCUGUGGAUGGCAGUUCUGGGUGGAUUACGGCGGAUAAUAUGCAUGAGUUCUUUGAUGAGGAGGGGAAUUGGAUUGGGGACGGUGAGCCGCCUUCGUUCCCUGGGUUGGGUCCUGGUGCUGGGACUGUGAGGGCAAGGGAGGAGGAAGAUGGGGAGGGAGAGGGACGGGAUGGGGAGGAGGAAGAGGGUGAGGAGACCAAGUGGCGGAGGACGGAUUGA